ACUAUUGAUGACAAAUUGCUGGAUACAGUAUAUACAAUAAAAUACCUGGCCGUUACCAUCUGGGGCAACCUUAAGUGGAAUGAACACACGAAAGAAAAGGUGGGAAAACCAGAUGCUAGGUUGAGAUUCACAGGAAGAAUCUUAAGCAAAUGUGUCUCAUCUCCAAAAGAACUGUCUUACAAACCAUUUGUUUGACUGAUGCUCGAGUACUGCUCAAUAUUUUGGUACUUUUACCCUGUAGGACUAGUAGAAGAAAGAGAGAGAUCCAACAAAGAGCAAUGACUUUUGUAACAGGGUCAUUUGGUCGAUGUGAGCGUUAUAGAGAUGCUCGACAAACUUCAUGGCAGACACUAUUAGAGAUAUCGUAUGUGCAUCACAGUGAUGUAAUAUUAAAAUACUGAGAGAGCGUGUUCCAUGAAGAAUCGAACAGUAUAUUACUAUCUCCCAUAAGCACCUCAUGAAAUGACAAAACAUUUUUUAGAAAUUAGAGCUAAUAUAGAGGUUUUCCAGUCGUGAAUGGAACAGGGAAGGUGGGGAUCACAUAGUGGAACGAGAACUACCCUCUAUGACACUCUGUCAGGUGGCUGGUGUAUUGAUGCAGUGUAGAAGGAACACAUUUCUGGACUAAAGUGACUGAUUUCAAAUCUUUAUGAAGAUUAUUCUAAUUUCUAUUGAUACAAUGAACUGAGCUGUUGACUUGAAAAAGAUAUAUUUUUACUGACAAAUUUCAUUAAGGAAUAACCACGUUGGAAGCAGUAGUUAAUAUUCGUAGCUACCUCAACAAGAUGUUCUUAAUUUCACACGAGUAAUUCUUAUUGCACAUUCUUGGACUCAACUUUAGUUUGGUUUAUGAAUUACUCCAAAAAUUAACCCCAUACAACAAUAUGGAUUGAAAGUAAACACAGUAUGCUAGCAUUUUUACUGUUAUUCUCAUAGGUGUGCUACAAAUGUUUCUGAAGACUUAUCUACAAACUCUUAACACACAGAUGAUAAAAACAUGAGAGUGCUUGCUAAACUAGCAGUUCUAGAUCUGUAAAUUGUAAACAGUAAAUGAUUUUUGCUAAACAAACUUUAUGCACUUUUUCCAAUCUGCUGAGCCCAGUUACAGGUAAUUUGUACAGAAAAUAUAUUUUGCAACUGACACCAAUAAUUAAAUGAGUUGUACGGUAAAAUUUUUUAUUUGUAAUACAUCAAACUGCAUUGAAGCUUUCACACUUCUCUGGCAAUAUACAUGUCUAAAUACAUCCGGUCAGCUCACACAUAAUCCUUUAAAAUUAAUUUUUAAUGCAUCACUUAAAAUGGUUGCAAUCUUCUGAAACACUUUAUGGUAUGAGAUGCAGAGUAUAAGAUUUCUAUUAGUCUGGUUGAACUCCCUUCCUCAUUUGCAUUGUUAGUAUCUUAUUUUUAAUAUCAAACCAUGAAGUGGGACUGACAAGAGACCUACACACAUUUCCUAAUAUAUGUAUUUCCCCCCAACUCCCAUUUCAUGCCUGCAAUUCCAUGGCAGUGGUACUGCCGAUUUUUAUCAGAUUUAUCAUCUGGUCUGAAACGCUUCCACACCAUACAGUCAGACAGUACAACAAUACUAUACAUUUCUCUAAAUUUCUCUGGGGGAAUCACCAAUGUUUUUAUGAGAAGUCUACUGAAUAAAAUGCGUGACAAUGUUUCUACUGCUAUCGUUUAAACACAUUACUACGUUUUUGCAACGAAAUGACGUUGCGGGCCGAAGAAUGAAAAUGCACACUUCCUGAAUUUUUGCGAGCUACUUCUAUAUUCAUCUCACUACUUUAAUUGGAAGUGGGUGAUAUAAAACAUGUUAUCUCCUCAUAAGACACGAACAUGGAAUUAGGGAUUCUCUCUUCCUCAAUUAAACACUCAUUCCCAUGGACCUGAUACUUAGUAGUCAAAUGUCUCUGCUAUAAUUUAUGUGAACUUGAAAGUGAGCCUAUAUAGGCUCUCUGUAUGUGACAUGCGUUUUCAUGGAUACGUUGCAAUACGUCAAACUCGAUGAUGUCUAAUUGUUAUCGUCAAUUCAGCACUUAAAACGGUUCCAAUUUUCUCUACGCCGCACGCAGAACAGUGCCUCUAGGAGGGGAGCAGUUACGUAGACCCGCUAAACGCGAAACGUGUCGUGCCAGGUCAUAGCUGCACAUCGAUUAGGUUCACACGUAUCAUCGGUAGACACUGCAACAGAACUGUUAGAUAUGUUUUCUGUUAGCAUACAUGCUUAAGUGUAAGAAGUGCUUAUUUUCGAACCAUUCGCUGCAAGAAAUAGAAACGUUGGCAGUUAACCAAUUUGCCGGAGUCUGUUGUGAACGUGACAAUGUCAUUGAUUGGAAACAGUAAGUACAGAACAACAACCGACAUAUAUAGCUUAACUCCUCGGUUACCAUGUCUAAUGUUAACGAAAUAAAAAUUUUCCAGUUAUAAUAAUACUGUCGUAAUUUCUCACAUCCUGGCACGUCACAACAUCAUACGAUAAGUGACGCAACUCAUAGAUUGAAAUUACGGGAACACCAAGGAUAACAAUAUUCAAACAAGUAAAGCUGAGCCAAAUUCUGGAUGGAACCUCCAGUCUCCGUCAAGGAUGUCAAGAAAGCGUCCACGGGAAGUAGAAGGUUCUAAUUGCCUGCGAAACAGUAAUCUACCCAUACAAAUGUCCAUCUGCAAGCCAGCGCCAUUUAGUGAUGAGCCCGAGGCAGCAGCUGAACGUGAACGCUGUGAUUACAGCCAGCGUGUUUCUUUCAAGAUGGCAAAAUCUGGAAAUGUUGGUCGACCAAUAAGGGUGUAUGCUGAUGGAAUAUAUGAUCUGUUUCACCAAGGUCAUGCCCGUCAGUUGCUGCAGGCAAAAAACUUAUUUCCAAACGUCUACCUUAUUGUAGGAGUCUGCAGUGAUGCACUCACUCACAGCAAGAAAGGUCGCACAGUAAUGACAGAGUCUGAACGUUAUGAAGCUGUUCGUCAUUGUCGCUAUGUAGAUGAAGUUGUUAGAGAUGCACCUUGGGAACUUGAUGAUGACUUUCUUGCAUUUCACAAGAUUGAUUUUGUGGCACAUGAUGAGAUGCCUUAUAUGACAGAAGAUGGCACCGAUGUAUAUGCACGACUAAAAGAAAAAGGGAUGUUUGCAGCCACGGAACGAACAGAAGGAGUUUCCACAUCAGAUAUAGUGGCAAGAAUAGUGCGAGACUAUGACAUUUAUGUACGAAGAAAUCUUGCAAGAGGAUAUUCUGCAAAGGAGUUAAAUGUUUCUUUCCUGAAUGAGAAAAAGUUCCGCUUGCAGAACAAAAUGGUUGAACUAAAAGAUAAAGGAAAGCGUGUAAUGGAGAAUAUUGGUGAGAAGAAGGUAGAUAUGUUACAGAAGUGGGAAGAAAAAUCACGUGAAUUCAUUGAUACGUUCCUCCUGCUGUUUGGGCGGGAUGGCCCCUUGGUAAGAAGAAUGAAACACACUGUACACCGAAUUCGAAAUGAGUCGCAAAUAUGGAAUGAAGGGAAAGGGCGUCUGAUGCAAGCUCUAUCGCCUCCAGCCAGUCCUCGGCGUGAUGGCUCACCCACGUCAUCUACCAGCAAUGAUGUUGAUGAAAGCACAAGCAGCCCCCCACCACCAAAAGCUGGUCGCUAUGACUUCUCCCCCAACUCUUCAGCACAACAGUUUGCUGGCAGACCGUCAGGAGACUUCUCUGAUGAUGAUGAAGAUGAUGAAGAUGAAAGACAGUCAAAAUAACAAUAAAAAAUGUAAAUCUUCCAUAACCAGAAUCUGUUGGUGCUGAAGCUUAGUGCACUGUAAGCUGAUCUUUUAUGAAAGGAGUGUUUGACUGUAAAUCUCCAAAGUACUGUAAUAUUGUUUUAAUUGUUUUAUAGCAAAAAAGAAUGUAAAUGAGCCAUCUGCUGUAAACUAUUAUAUAUUUAAAGUCUUUUAAUUGUUUUAAGUUUUCAGAAAGGCUGGACUUAGUUACAAGUGGCGAUUGUUGUUUUGUUGAUAUUGUGUCUAGUGUUACCUAAGGAGAUUGCUCCUAAUUUUUUUUCUUAUAUAUUUUUUUUUUUUUUCGCUGUAAGCUACAGCAUCAAAUAAAAUUUUGUUUUGUUUGAAUAA